UGAUCAUCAUCUUCCACAAUUCCUCAGGUCCUCUCUCCUCCUGCAGAUUUAUUUUCUGAGAUACCAAACAAACAUGUUCUUCCUCCUCAGAUCCAUAAUCUUCCCAGCAGCCACUGUUAUACAAAUGGAUAAAAGAAGCAUAAAACCACUUAAUCUUCCCAGCAGCCACAUUAUACAAAUUGAAUCUGGAUCUGGAACACACCGAGCCAACCCACCCUAAAACCACCAACAAACCCAAACCACCAGAUCUGAGGAGAAAUCGCGGUUGAAGUCGAUUUGAGAAGAGGAGAUGACUGAGGUGUGGAUUGAGAAGAGAUGAGAUGAUUGUCGUGUAGAUUGGGAAGAGAGGCGGCGGAGAUGGCGGCGGCGACUGGAUUGGGCAGAGGUGUUUGGGUCUUUUUGGAGAAGAAGAGAGGGGAAGAGGAUGAGAAAAGUAAGGCUUUACAGAUCUGUUGUUUUGGUUGCUGUUGGUACUGGGUUUGUUGUUUGGUAGAUUCAAGCUUUCUAUGGAUUCUAUGAAGGAGAAAGGUUUGUGGGGAAGAUGAAGAGAGAAUGGGUAGUGAAGGAAAAUUGUGGGUGUUUAGUGUAAUUUUGCUUUCUGGGUUUUCUUUUCUUUUCUUUUCUGGGUUUGAUAAGUAAUGAUGAUGAUUUGGUUUUCAAUUUUAACAAGCCAAAGGAACAGAAAAAUGAAUUGAAUUGAUAAGGAAUAAUUAUCAGAGGUUCCCUUCCCUGAACCGCUCUUUGUCUCUGUUGGUGCUUCAAAGUCGUACAAACGGAUAUUCCGCUGAAUCGAUACCUCGUUUGAUUUCUGGAACAUCAUCUUUGAAUUUCAGAUUAGAUAUGGCUUCCUUUAAUUUUGUCCUCUGAAUUCUUAUUUUUAUUCUCAAACUUCCCAUAUGGGUUUUCUUUUCUUUUUUCCUCUGUGUCGUGUGUUGCACCUGAAUUUUUUUUCUUUGGGUUGAGGAAGAACAAAGCAUGAUGAUUGGCUUUGCAGAGAUGGUGGGAUGGGUUUUGGGGUUUGGAUAUUGAUAGAAGUUUGGAUCAGGUGUUGAAAAGAGAAGAGAUGAAGAAGGGAGAGAGAAGAGGAAAAAAUUAAGGAUAAAUUAUUACCUUAAUGGGUUAAUCUUAAAUGAACCCUAAUCAUUCUCUAACUAUUUACUUAAUAAUUGUAUAAUAUAUUAACUAUUUUAAUUUUUAAAAAUAUAAAAAAUACAAAAAACCUGAAAUGACAGGUCAAAAGGUAGAGGUGUAACUUUACACAAGUUUUUAGAGGACCAUAAUAAAUUUUUCCAACUUUAUGAGUUCAAUAUAAAUUGUACUUGCAGUUACUGUAGAACUCCCUGAACCAUUCACGGUACAUUCGUGAUUGCUGUUUAGGUCAAAGGCUGUGUCGUUUGAGAGAUGCAAAGCCUGCAGCAUAAAGCUUCUGAAUGGAGCGGAGUUCCCUCCGAUGAAGCUUUCGCCAUUGACGACACCAAUCUGUUCCUGAAACUUGGCCUUCAAACCUUUAUUAACCUCUCCACCAAUUUCUACAACAGGGUGUAUGAUGAUGAUGAAGAAUGGUUUCGUUCUAUAUUCGCUGAUUCUGAGAAACAAAACGCCAUUCAAAACCAAUACGAGUUCUUUGUGCAAAGAAUGGGAGGUCCUCCUCUCUUUUCUCAGAGACAAGGGCAUCCUGCCCUAAUUGGGCGACAUCGACCAUUUCCUGUCACACAUGAAGCUGCUGAGAGGUGGCUACAUCACAUGCAACAAGCAUUAGACAGUACUCCAGAUAUAGAUGAUGACUCAAAGAUCAAAAUGCAGAAUUUUUUCAGGCACACAGCAUAUUUUUUGGUGGCUGGAAAUGAGCUAAAGAAACAAAACGAACAGAUGCCAUGCAAACAUGCAGCCGGAAGUGAUAAUUCAUGAUACUUGCUAUCAGUUAACUAGUGUUUUUACCUGUACGCUGCACAGCGAAAAAACGAUUCUGAAUUUCUUACAUUAUUAACAGCUUACUUUGUAUCAGUUAAUUGCCUUAUGCUUUUAUUUAUAAAACUCCGUAUUGAAUGGACUAGAAGAA